ACUUUUUUUUCCCCCUCUGUCUUCGGUUUGCUGCACUCUGACACAGUCCAACCUGCAAGCACCGAGGGCAAACGUAUUCGCUCGGCCACGCGAACUAACCGAGGAUUUACUCGAAAAGCAGAAGCAAACGUUUGUAUCGAUGAGCAGCUGAGAAGAAGGAGCAGCUGUUGCCGACAGAGUGUAGUGGAGUAGAGCCAGAGCAGAGCGUCAUCAUUCUGCAUUUUGCAUUCUUGGGGGUGGGGGAAUAAGAGAGAGGACAGUUAGAGCAGUGAUGGUGGUAGGGAUCUAUAUUUAGCCAGUCGUGACCCCCUCACAUCACGACAGCUGUCCCUCCUCUUCGUCUCGCCAUACAGUGUCAGGAAUAGAGAAGUUCAGUUAACGUGGGAUCUCGCUUCUCUCUCUGUGCCGGCUUUUUUUUUUUUGAGCUUGUAUUCUGGACUGUACUAAAAUACAGAAGGUAGGAGAGUCACACUGUCACAGAGGAAGCAGCACAGAGGAGCCGAGGUUGAGUAUCUCGUCUUUCCUCCGGUGCUGCGCGGAGGUUCUUACUUGAAGCUCGGUCCAAGGUUGACGCCUGCAAUACCAGAAUCUGUUCAGAUUCUUUCACAUAUCAGCUCUCCCUGCCAUUCAUCCCCUGCUCCUCCUUAGCCGGCCCAGCCCAUGAACGCAGCGUCACCACCAUGGCUUUCUCAUCACGCUUUUCCUUCUGGGAGCAAAAGGUUAAAGAAGAGACCAAGCCAGCACCCAAGAGUUUGAGUUCAGAUAGUAAUGGCAGUCUCAGUAGUCGAUCCCAGUCAGUACCCAGUCUGGAGCCUGCUAAAGUCCUGCUGCGUACCAAGAGCCCCCAGCCGGCUCGAGAUCCUCCAGGAAAUGCCCAGCCCCAGCUUCGGGAACGUUUCAAGAGUCCUUCACCCACAAGGAACAGGUUUUCUAUCAUCAAGAAAGCAGAACCAUCCAAAGUCCAUGAGCGCUUCAAAAGCCCUGAGCCCCGUCCGGAUUUACAGAGUUAUGGGCCUAUCCUGAAUGGAGAUAGCAAGACCAGUGGUCCUUUAGCAAGCAACACCACAACCCCAGUUAGUGUCAGUCAGCCAGAGAUGACAGAGGACCCUGAUGGUGUAACUCACAAGAAGGUUGUGAAGGUGGUGAAGAGAUUUGUGAGGAAGGUAGAACCUGCGGAUGAGAACACUGCUUCUUCUUUUUACAAAACUCCUGCUGAGCCUCCAAAAUCUGCCUCUGAGCCACCCAAACCCUCACCAGCACCCGUGAUACCCCAAUCUGCCCCUGAGCCACCCAAAUCUAUGCCAGCAUCUGUGCCCAAGGUCAUGAAGGUGCCCAUGUUCUCCUUUAAACAUGACACCAUAAAGAAGGAGGAGAAAGAUGACAUAUCCUCAGGACUAGCCAGCCUGAUGAGCCGAGGCAGGACCAGGGAUCUGCGACCUCGUCCCUGUAAGGAGAUGUCUACAGAAAAACAAGAGCACAAGAAGGAGGAGAACACUGAGAACAAAGGAAGCUCAGCAACAGGGAAGAGUGAGCAGAAACCAGAAGCUAGUCAGAGUGAGCUGAAACCAGAAGCCAGAGAGAAUACGCAUUCAAAGCCAGAGGAAAAGACUUUAGCACCUUCUCCUCCUACAUCUCCUGCUACUUCCUCUCCAGUUAAGUCCCCUGUCUCCUCACCACCUGGAUUCAAUCCAGCUCCAAAGGGAGUACCUAUGCCAAAGCCUUCCCCCAUGGUUCCUCUGGCUGGUUUUAUUCCCAAAACUACUGAAUUCCUUAAAACCACAAAAGUUUCUGCACAACCAGCAUCCAUUCCAGAUCCUAAAACUGCACCAGUUGUGCCCAAGCCAGCACCUGCAACUUCCAAAGCACCUCCAGUUCAUACUCCUGUCAAAUCCACCAUUAACUCGUGUCCUGAACCAUUAGCCACAUCGCCUGGAUUCACCCCAACUCCCAAACAACCGACUACAAAGAGCCUUAAGGAGAGCCCUCCACUAAGCCCAACUGAAGCAGCUCAAAGACGAUUGGAGCAGAUCUUCUUUGCAUUUCUGGAGCCAGCGCAAAGUGCGCCUGUGUCUACAUCCACUCAGGUCCAGGGCCAGCCUGAGAAAUCAGCCUCAUCUCUCAGCCUCGCUGCAGUGUGUUCUCGCGCGGUCUGCUUCAGUGGACAGGUGGAAGACGAUCCCGUGGCUAUCCUGCAGGCGGCCCACGCUGCUGCGGCACAGCCUAAGGUGAAGACCGAGGAGCAGAUAGCUGCAGAGCAGGCAUGGUAUGGCUCGGAGAAAGUGUGGCUGGUCCACAAGGAUGGCUUCUCAUUGGCCACUUUGCUGAAGACGGAGGCGGGCAGCAUGCCAGAGGGGAAGGUGAAGAUCAAACUGGAGCAUGACGGGACAGUACUGGACGUGGAUGAGGAUGAUGUGGAGAAGUCCAACCCUCCAUCUUUUGACCGCUCUGAGGACUUGGCGACUCUGCUCUACCUGAACGAGUCGAGUGUGAUGCACUGUCUGCGGCAGCGCUACGGAGGAAACCUCAUCCACACUUACACUGGGCCCAGCAUGGUGGUCAUCAACCCCAUCAGCGCUCCUUCCAUGUACUCUGAGAAGGUGAUGCACAUGUUUAAAGGCUGCAGGCGUGAGGACACGGCACCUCAUAUCUAUGCUGUGGCUCAGUCAGCCUACCGGAACCUUCUGACCACACGGCAGGACCAAUCCAUCGUUCUGCUUGGCAGAAGUGGCAGUGGCAAGACCACCAACUGCCAGCACCUGGUGCAGUACCUGCUCUCCAUCGCUGGCAGCACCGGCAAGAUCUUUUCAGCGGAGAAAUGGCAGGCAGUCUACACCAUCCUGGAGGCUUUUGGGAACUGUGCUACCUCCAUGAAUUCAAAUGCAAGCCGCUUCUCACAGAUUGUCUCUCUGGACUUUGACCAAGCCGGCCAGGUGGCCUCUGCCUCCAUCCAGACUAUGCUGCUGGAGAAACUGAGGGUGGCCAAGAGGCCGGAGGCUGAGUCCGCUUAUAAUGUCUUUUAUUACAUGAUGGCUGGGGCAGACAACACUCUCAGGACCGAGCUUCAUUUUAACCACUUUGCUGAGAACAACACCUUUGGAAUUAUGCCUCAGUCAAAGUCUGAAGACAAGCAGAAGGCAGCACAACAGUUUAUUAAGCUGCAGGCAGCUAUGAAGGUGCUCGGUAUCUCUGCUGAUGAGCAGAAAGCUCUUUGGCUCAUACUGGGGGCCAUCUACCACCUGGGAGCUGCUGGAGCAACAAAAGCCGGUCGAAAACAGUUUGCACGUCACGAGUGGGCGCAGAAGGCGGCCUACCUCCUGGGCUGCACCCUUGAAGAACUUUCCUCAUCUAUCUUCAAACAUCAUCCGAAAGGAACCCUGCAGAGAUCUACCUCCUUCCGCCAGGGUCCGGAUGACAUCGGCGCUGGAGAAAGCCCAGGUACAAAGAUCACAGCUCUGGAGUGUCUGGAGGCCAUGGCUGCUGGGCUCUACACAGAACUCUUUACUCUCGUCAUCUCCCUCAUCAACCGAGCGCUGAAGUCCAGCCAGCACUCUCUCUGCUCUCUUCUAAUUGUGGACACUCCGGGUUUUCAAAACCCUCGGCUGGCUAAGCGAGGUGCCACUUUUGAGGAGCUGUGCCAUAACUAUGCCCAGGAGCGCCUGCAGGCCCUGUUCCAAGAGCGCACGUUUGUACAGGAGCUGGAGCGAUACAAGGAGGAAAACAUAGAGCUUGCAUUAGAUGACAUAGAGCCCAGUACAUCCUUAUCUGUAGCAGCUAUAGACCAGGCUUCAACCCAAGCGCUGGUGAGGACGCUGGCGAGGACUGAUGAGGCACGUGGAUUGCUGUGGCUGAUGGAGGAAGAGGCUUUGCAGCCUGGGGGCUCUGAAGAAACUCUACUGGAACGCCUUUUCAGCUAUUAUGGCCCCACAGAGGGAGAAGUCAAAGGUCAUAACCUGCUGCUGAAGAGUGAGAAACCACAUCACUUUCUGCUGGGGCAUAGUCAUGGCACAGACUGGGUGGAGUAUGAUGUUCUGGGCUGGUUGAGCCAUGCCAAGCAGAACCCAGCUUCCCAGAAUGCUGUCACUCUGUUGCAGGACUCGCAGAAGAAGAACAUCAGUGGACUGUUCAUGGGGCGUUCAGGAGGUGCCACAGUGCUUUCAGGCUCCAUUGCCGGCCUUGAAGGAGUCUCUCAGCUGGCCCUGCGUCGAGCCACCAGCAUAAGGAAGACUUUCACCACUGGCAUGGCUGCCGUCAAAAAGAAGUCCUUGUGCAUCCAGAUCAAGCUACAAGUGGAUGCUCUGAUAGACACAGUAAGGCGUUCCCGGGUGCAUUUUGUGCACUGCCUGCUGCCCAAAGCGGAGGCCCUAAGUGGAGAGCCUCGUGUUCAUGGAGAAAGCUGUGACACAGGGCUCAUGCAGCUAGAUGUGGUGCUGCUGCGUGCUCAACUACGAGGUUCCAAAUUGCUUGAUGCUCUGCGCAUAUAUCGCCAAGGUUACCCUGAUCACAUGGUGUUCUCCGAGUUCCGCCGGCGCUUCGAUGUUCUAGCACCCCACCUGACUAAAAAGCACGGACGCAACUAUAUUGUGACAGAUGAGAAAAGGGCUGUGGAAGAGCUCCUGGAGUUUCUGGAGCUGGAGAAGAGCAGCUAUCACAUGGGUUUGAGCAGGGUCUUCUUCAGGGCAGGUGUUCUGGCUAAGCUGGAGGAACAGAGGGAUCUUCAGACCAGACGCAACAUCACUCUCUUCCAGGCCACAUGCAGGGGAUACCUUGCCCGGCAAGCCUUCAAAAAGAGGAAGAUCCAAGACCUGGCUAUCCGCUGCAUCCAAAAGAACAUCAAGAAGAACCGGGGCGUGAAGGACUGGCCCUGGUGGAAGGUCUUCACUACUGUGCGGCCUCUCAUCCAAGUGCAGCUCAGCGAGGAGCAGAUCCGUGGCAAAGAUGAGGAAAUUCAGCAGCUGAAACUGAAGCUGGAGAAAGUGGAGAAGGAGAGAAAUGAACUGCGACUCAACACUGAUCGUUUAGAGAGCAGGAUCACAGAGCUGUCAUCAGAGCUCGCUGAUGAAAGGAACACGGGCGAGUCUGCCUCUCAGCUGCUCGAGUCCGAGACCUCCGAGAGACUACGAUUGGAGAAGGACAUGAAAGACCUUCAGGCCAAGUAUGACUCUAUGAAGAAGCAGAUGGAGUCUAUGGAGAUGGAGGUGAUGGAGACUCGGCUCAUACACGCCUCCGAGCUUAACGGAGAGAUGGACGAUGAUGACACAGGAGGAGAGUGGAGACUGAAAUAUGAGCGAGCGGUCCGGGAGAUCGAGUUCACCAAAAAGAGGCUGCAGCAAGAGUUUGACGACAAGCUUGAGGUGGAGCAGCAGAACAAGCGGCAGAUCGAAAGACGGCUGACAGACAUGCAGGCAGACAAUGAGGAGGUGCAGCGGGUGGCACAGCAACUGAAGAAGAAAUGCCAGAAGCUGACAGCUGAGCUCCAGGACACCAAACUCCACCUGGAAGGCCAGCAGAGUCGCAACCAUGAGCUGGAGAAGAAACAAAGGAAGUUUGACUCUGAGCAGAGUCAGGCCCAGGAGGAGGUGCAGAAAGAGAGAAGUCAGCGAGAGAAGCUGAGUCGGGAGAAAGACAUGCUGACUGGAGAAGUGUUCAGCCUUCGACAGCAACUGGAGGACAAAGAUCUGGAAAUGUGUGCUCUCAAUCUGAAGCUGGAGCAGAUGGAGGCUGAGUUGCAGGAUCUGAACUCUCAGGAAUCAAAGGAUGAAGCCUCACUAGCCAAGGUCAAAAAACAGCUUCGUGACUUGGAGGCGAAAGUCAAAGAUCAGGAGGAGGAGCUUGAUGAGCAAGCAGGCACUAUUCAAAUGUUGGAGCAGGCCAAGCUACGUCUGGAGAUGGAGAUGGAGAGGCUGAGACAAACACACUCUAAAGAGAUCGAGAGCAAAGAUGAUGAGGUGGAGGAAAUCAGACAGUCAUGUACUAAGAAGCUGAAGCAGAUGGAGGUCCAGUUGGAGGAGGAAUAUGAAGAUAAACAGAAGGUCCUUAGGGAGAGGAGAGAGCUAGAGGCCAAGCUGCUGACCGCUCAAGAGCAGGUUAGUCACAGAGAUGUAGAAACAGAAAAGCGCCUCAGGAAAGACCUGAAGCGCACCAAAGCCCUUCUGGCCGAUGCCCAGAUCAUGUUGGACCAUCUGAAGAACAAUGCACCUAGCAAGAGGGAGAUUGCCCAGCUGAAAAACCAGCUGGAGGAGUCUGAGUUCACGUGUGCUGCUGCUGUCAAAGCCCGCAAGGGCAUGGAGGUGGAAAUCGAGGACCUUCAUGUUCAGAUGGAUGAUAUCUCCAAAGCCAAGCAGGCUUUGGAGGAGCAGCUGAGCCGUGUGCAGCGGGAGAAGAAUGACCUGCAGUCGCGCAUGGAGGAAGACCAGGAGGACAUGAACGAGCUCAUGAAGAAACACAAAGCGGCUGUUGCCCAGUCCUCUCAGAGCCUGGCACAGGUCAGUGAGCUCCAGACUCAGCUAGAAGAAGCCAUGAAGGAGAAACAGGAAGUCCAGGAGAGGCUUACAGCACUGCAGAGUCAGCUGGAAUUUCAGGAACAGUCCAUGGUGGACAAAUCCCUGGUCAGCAGGCAAGAGGGUAAGAUCCGCGAGUUAGAGACCAAGCUCGAGUUUGAGAAGACGCAGGUGAAACGUCUGGAGAGUCUGGUGUCGAGGUUGAAGGAGAAUGUGGAAAAACUGACAGAGGAACGUGAUCAUCGUAGCACCAGUGAGAACCGUGAGAAGGAGCAAAACAAACGGGUGCAGCGUCAAAUCCGGGACCUCAAGGAGGAGAUGGCCGAGCUUGCCAAAAAGGAAAACGAAGCCAGCCGGAAAAAGCAUGAAUUGGAAAUGGACAUUGAGAGUUUAGAGGCUGCAAAUCAGAGUCUUCAGGCAGAUCUCAAACUGGCCUUUAAAAGGAUCGGUGACCUGCAGGCAGCUAUCGAAGAUGAGAUGGAGAGUGAUGACAACGAGGAUCUUAUCAACAGUUUACAAGACAUGGUGACUAAGUAUCAGAAACGAAAGAACCGAACUGAAGGUGACUCAGAUUCCUGCUCUGAAGUGGAGGACAGAGUUGAUGGUGUGAAGUCCUGGCUCUCCAAAAACAAAGGCUCAGCCAAGAAUCUGUCAGAUGACAACCUGAAGAGCCCAAGAUAUGCUGCAAACAGUGAUGCCAAAGAGGGGAAAGAAUGGCAAGAGAAUGGCAAAGAAGGUAAAGGUUUAGACCAGAGUAGGCCUGUGUCCGUGAUGAGUUCACUCAGUUAUAGGAAACGCUCCAACCUUAAGGGUUCCCUUGAUGGCAAAGGAGAUGAGGACUCACUCUUUAGCACCCUUAAGGAGCAGGAUGACUCUCAGGAGCUCUCAUCCUUCCGCAGAAGCAAACCCAAACAGCCCGAUGCCAGGGACUCCUACUCUGUAAACUCUUGGAUUAAGGAUGAUCUGAAUGGCAGGGGCUCAGUUAUGUCCCAGGCUUACUCAGAUGCAGCCAGCAGGGCCAGGACAGGCAUGGACAGCCGCUGGUCCGAGAUAGACAAGGGAUCGGUUGUGUCAUCCGUAGGCCCAAGCCGAGCUUCUUGGUUGGAUGACGAUGUUAAAUCCAGCGUGAGUACUGCGAGCAUGCUGAGCCGUCGCCGCAGCAUGUCUCGGCUCGAUGAGCGCCAGAGUGAGCGUGGGUCAGCAGUCAGUCCAUCCCUGAGCUGUAGAAGUCCAGGAAGUGUGAGCUGUAGAAGUCCAGGAAGUGUGAGCCAGAGAAGCCCUGGCAGUGUGAGCCGUGCCGAUUCCCGUAUGUCCUUAGCUCGCAGCUGCCGGCUCAGUGAGUUUGAUAUCGAUGAUGAUGCCAUGAGUGUGGCUUACAGUGAAUUGCACUCCAACUCCUUCAGUCCCCACCACUCCUCCAGUGGCCGCAGCAUGUCCAUGCCCCCAAGAGCAAGAACCACCGAAUCAGAUCUGCCUGAUGCCUCUGACCUUAAGCCAGUCAGUCACCGCAACUACCUCGACCCAGCUCUGGAGGCUGCCAUCAAUGAGGUGCUGAACUUCAAGCCCAUCAAGUUCAAGCGGAGCAGCCUGGAAGACUCUGAAGCCGAGACCAGCAAGCCGGACAAGCGUACGCAGGAGGAAGAUGAUGAGGUGAAGAGUGUGAGGUCUGGCAGGGACAGCCGCAGCUCCUCCAGCAUGAGACGCUCUGCUUCAGCCGUCGACUUCCAUCGCUCCAGUAGCAGCCUGAGCACCCGCAGCAGGAAGAAGAGCAAGAGCAGGAACAGGAAACGGAGGAGCCAUAGCUCUGAUUCCUCUGAGAAUGAGCGUAGAAGGAGGUCCAAGAAGAAGGGCAAAAAAAAGAAGUCAAAGAAGGAGUCAUCCUCAUCGUCCUCUUCUUCCUCUUCCUCUUCUGAGUCUAGCUCAGAGUCAGAUUCUAGCUCGGGAGCCUCCACUAUCUCAUACAGAAGUGCGAACAGCGUCAAGAGAGGUCCUGGUAGGCAGGCAUCAGCUUCUGAAGAUGAGAGAGAGCCUGGAGGCUGUUCAGAAGCAGCUCCGCCACUUAGCAAGAAAGAGGAGAAGAAAAGGAAGAAGAACGUGGAUAGUGUGAUGAUGAAGUAUCUGUACAAGCCAGACAGUGACUGAAGAUGGCACCCCCCCACCGGCCGAAGACGCUUCCGCCUCAGCAGAUCCGACGAGGAAGAAGAGGAGGAGGAGAAGGAAGAAAGGCGCACAGCCCGAAGCUCCUACCGCUGCUGAUGCACUUGGAGCAGCUACCUGAAUGUCCUGGGC